AUGGCGAAAUUCCGCGAGCAGUAUGAAACGUUUCGCCAGCGCGUCAGAGCGUCUCUAACCAACGCCGAAUUGAUCGAUGAUCCGGAGAAACGAAAAGCGCUGAGCGACGCGAUCGAGUUCAAGGGUAUCUGCGAAGAUAUGUGCCCCGAGUUCGAGAAGAUCAUGAGGAUCACGGAACUGGACGUGGUCCAGGCCGAGAAGGAUCCUCGGACCUCAUUUGUCAAGACGAGCAAAAUGGUGAAGAAGCUGGCUCGGUCGGCUGCUGGCCAGGAAGCUCCCCUUCCCAUGGACGUCCGUUCCGUUCCAGCCCUGCGCCGGACCUUGGAUUAUCUUCUGGACGAUGUGUUGCGAGACGAUGAAAAUUUGGCAACUGUACAUGGCUUUCUCUGGGAUCGUACUCGCUCAAUUCGCCGCGACUUUUCAUUCUUCUCAUCGCUUACACCGGAGGAGAUUACAACUCAGGUGUACGUGUUGGAAAAUAUUGCCAGAUUCCAUGUUACAUCCCUGCAUUUGCUGUCACAGGAAGGCAAGGCGCCUGAAGAUUUCGUUCAACAACAAGAGCUGGAGCAGCUGGGCAAAGCCCUCUUGUCACUUCGAGACGUUUAUGACGACUGCAACGAACAGGGUAUUCAAUGCGAGAACGAACCAGAAUUUCGAGCAUACUAUCUAGUAUUCCACGCACAAGACCCCAGCAUCAUGGACACUCUCCAGCGACAGUGGAAGCCGUACCUUUGGCGUGACUCAGACGAGGUCAGAACUGCGGUAUCGCUGGUCGAAGCACUUCAGGACACUCACAAUUUCCAUGGACCACUCAAGGAUGGACCUUCACUGGCCGCCUCGGCAGCCUCGCAAGCAUAUUUUCGCAUUGUGCGAGACCCCAAGGUUUCGUACACCAUGGCAUGCUUCGCGGAAUGCCACUUUCCUCAGCUCCGAAGAUCAGUAUUACAAACCAUCAAGCGCGCACUUGCGAGACCAAAGGAUCCAGCUAGAGAUGUAACAGCGGCAGCACUUAACAAGUUCCUGCAAUUCGACACUGUGCAGCAGGCCAUCGACUUUGCCGAACUCCACGACUUGGAGUUCGCCCAAGAUACCGACAAUCCAUUUGACAAUGGACGGAAAAUUUUGGUUCUCGACAGCAAACGGCCGUUGCCUCACCGCCGGUUGCAGCAUCAGUAUUCGCAUACGUUGGUGGAACGGAAACGAGGGUCGACACCACUCCCUGAAUUGAUACAUCGGACCGUUUUCGAGGAUCCCAAUGCCGUGGUCAAAGUCAACGGGUCGGGGAUUGAAGGCAGUCUUUUUGUACAGGACGAUGAAUCCUCGACUUUUCCUACGCCAUUACCGUCUGGAACCAAUAGGUCGUCUACGGGAGCGACUCCCAAUGCUCAACAAGCCUCAACCCCGCCUGGCCAUAUCAACAAUCAUUCGUGGUCUAAUACCACCAAGGGCUUCGUUGCUCCAGUGUCGACUCUUCAAGCCAGCAGUCAACCCAAUCCCUUUGCGUCCAGCGGAUCGACACCUCUAUUGUCGGCUUCGGAGAUCAACGGUGGUGAGAAUAAAGCUCAAUCUGUACUUGGAAAUGUCGCUACUGCACAUUCGUUCGCAUCAGCAACACCAGCCACUGAAACAUCUACAAUGGCAGGAAGCAAACUGAGUUCUCCGCUCACGGCGUCAGACUCGCUUUUACCAAACAAUAAUGCCGGCCCUCCAACUGUCAGUCCUUUUGCUUUCGGACUGCUAGGUGGGCCAAACCCAGCAUCAGAUGCCAGCAAGCUGGCACCAGCGUCUUCUAUGCCGCCUCCACCUCUGCCACAGCACCAAGCAUUGCCCAAAACGCCUGACAUCCUCAAACAGAGCAUUGAUUCCUCAACCCCGUCACAAGCAAAGCCAACCAGCUUCGGGCUUGGUGGCCUCAAGUUUCCUCCAUCACAGCCGGGAACUACUCUUGACAACCAGGAUGUGAGCAAGUCUGGCAUCAACGCUUCGAAUGUCACUUCAGGUCUCGCGAGGCAACAACCUGGCAUAUUGGGCUCUCAGACAGCCUCAAAUACAGAGCCCACCGGGUCUUUUGCACCAGCGAUUCCGCCUUUGGCAACCGAAAAAUCGGCCUUCUCUGCCCCAAAAUCAUUGACGAUGACGUCGGGGUCAGCCAUGCCCAGUAAUGUGCGCAACACAUCGUCCGCAUCCAGCCACUUCAGCAAGAAGUCCACAUACUUGCCUGGCACUGCGGCUGUGGCUGGCCCGCCCAAACCUGCUGAGAAAUUUCGAGACUUGCUAGGCGACUUUGCAAGGUGGUUCGUGAUGGGCGACAACGGUUUGCUGGAGCAAUUCCAAGUGUACGUGAUUGACGAGAUUGCCAAAGAGACAUUUGAUAAAUUUCAACAAGAAGUGGAAGAAACCCGAAUAAAGGAGGAGGCAGAAGCCAUGAACGAACAGGCUGAACAAUUUCGGACAUAUAAUCUUUCUCUCAGAUACUUCUACCGAUGGAAGAACAAUGCGAGAGAGAAGCGUCUAAGCGCCCUGAGGCGAAGUGGUCGAGAUCAACUUCGAGCGUUUUACGCAUCGCAACACGCUGCUGCGAAUUGGGCUCGGAAAGAGGCGUCCAAGAUGGCUGCAAAGCGACGAGCAGAACUUGCCAAAGUCAACCACCCCGAAGAAUUCAUGGACAUGUUGAAGCAAAGGGGCACGAGCAGGCGGAAGGCUCACGAGGCGCUCCCAUCCAGCGGAGUAUCGUCUGGCACGAACAAGGAGCAGGAUGCCGUCCAAUCGGUCGUGCGACAAGAGCAAGAUUUCAGGUCCAGAACAAAGUCGGUGUCUACAAGCCGCCAAUCUCGGGAGUCGUCGCCCAAUUUGAGCAGGGAAGUGGGCGGGAAGACCAAGGCUUUGCGUGACCUCUAUUUGGCCAAACCUGGUCGCUUCCGCCGCUCUCUGCCUUCCACAUCGUCCCGGGAGAGCGAGCCAGCGGAGAGCUCGAGGUCCGCAAGCAAUGCCUCGGCUCGGUGGAGGCUCAAAGCCAUGGGCAUCGUGCAGCUGCCCGACGGCACCGCCGUGCCCGAGUCCAUGGCGUACGACAUGAUGGGAAGCCCCAGUCGCUACCCCAGCCUGGCAUUCGGGUCAACAGCCAGGGACAAGUCGAUCCGACGGGCUUCUGUUAGCGGAGGUGCCCGUGCCCCGAAUUCCGAGAUGCCCCUGGUUCGUCAAUCUACCGCGGAUGACGAAUCAGCAACAAGCAAGAGGAAGAGGUCGGCAGAGGAGGACGCGAGCGCGGCAGAGGAGGAGGAUUGCCCAGAGCGCAACAAGCAUAAGCGGAUCAUGAGCGAAGCGGAGAAGCUCACAAGCGAACUGAGGGAAAUACGACAAGAAUUGGAAGAAGGGCGGAAGUGGUACAAAUCCCAGAACGAGCGACUGCGGAGCGAAUCACGGACGGAGUCUCCUUGGUUUGACGACAGCAUCUAA